AUGGAACAUUCAUCUCCAUUGGCUGCUAUGCAGCCCAGUCCUGCAUUGUUUGGUCGUUGCUUCAGAGCUGAUGCUCCUACUUCGUAUCCGUUGUCUGGGUUUGGAAAUGGCUUCAACUUCAAUGAACUGUCAAUGAGGAAGUCUGGGGCGGAUUACUUCAACAUGGGUCCGUUGCAGGGUUCAUCGCCAGCUGCUAGCUUGGCAGCAGACCUUUCACAGAAUUUCCACAUUGAUCAAAGCCCGCAACUGGUAACACCAAGACGGUCUUUGUUCUCAUCGAAUUGCCUUGCAAAGGCUGGACGUGACGAUGUUAUGACUACCCCACCGUUGCCUUCUUCUCCUGCUGGACCUGGGUUGGAUAUCAUGGAAAUGAGCCCUUUGCCCCACAAGCCUGCUUUCGUUAUGACUACAGAGAUUGAAGUGCACUCGCCCUCGCCAUUGACUACUCCCAUGGAUUCUCCAGUGAGGUCAGCUGCACCCAGCCCGUUGCAGGCUUCUCCCAUGGAAGCCCCGACCAACCGUCCGCCUGAGAGACGUCGUCCUGCCUUCCUUCGACCCAGCUUGGCUAAGAGCAAAGCCGCAUCUUUCCAGCUUGGGAUGAACCGACCUAGCCCUGAGGCCAAGGCUCCCUUCCGAUUCACUACCCAGACAGCUAAGACAUCUCUGAGUACCUCGACAUCUCUGGAGGAUAUGUUUGGUGACUCUCCUCCUCAAGAGAGAACUAGCUCUCGUAACAGCUCUUCGAGUAGCCUGGCACCGCCCCGUCUGCGGCCACCCUUCCAACAUGCUCGUAGCAGCGGCUCGCCCGCUCCUAACUCCAUUCGCAAGCCCUCUCAUCCCUUGAUGCGCCCUCGCAAGCAAUGCCGUCGGUCAUUGAGUAUGUUUGAGCACCCAGCGGAUGUUAUUGCCGAUAAAGAGGCCAAGGUAUCAACAAAUGCACCCCUACAGUCCAUCAGUGACAUUACAAGUUCGCCCCAGCCACAGCUUCCUCACUUUACACCUGAGGAUCGGGCGGACGGUUUACCUCGCAUCGACAAGAACACCAUGCUGGAGCUCCUUGAUGGGAAGUUCAAUGACCAGUUUGACAACAUUAUGAUUGUCGACUGCCGCUUCGAAUAUGAGUAUGAGGGUGGCCACAUCAAUGGUGCCCUGAACUACAAUGACAAGGAUCAACUCGCUGGAGAGUUGUUCAACUCGCCCAAGUCCCGAACUGCCCUGAUUCUACACUGCGAGUACUCUGCCCACCGUGCGCCGAUCAUGGCCAAGUACAUCCGUCACCAUGACCGUGCUGUCAACGUUGACACUUACCCCCACCUGACUUACCCGGACAUGUACAUCCUUGAGGGUGGAUACAGCGCUUUCUAUGCUGAGCACAGCUCUCUUUGCUACCCUCAGAACUAUGUCGAGAUGAAUGCAAAGGAGCACGAGUUCGCGUGUGAGCGUGGCCUUGGCAAGGUUAAGCAGCGUUCCAAGUUGAACCGCGCUCAGACUUUCGCCUUUGGCCAGCACUCCCCUCAGAUGGAGGACAGCCCUACUGGUCGGUGCCGAUUUGAUAACGAUCGCAGUCGUCUGAUGAGCUCCCCCUUCGCUGAGAGCCCGGUGCCCAACCGUACCCCAGGUCGGCGUAUGCUUUCCUACUAA